AUGUAUUCAUCAUCACUGACUUCGAAUAGUUCAAUUUAUUUUCAAGAUUGUUCAGGAUUAGGUCCGUAUUAUGAAGCGAUACAAAUGAAUGUCACUGUAACUGGCUAUUAUACUUUUUUAAUCAACAGCGAGAUGAAUGCCACGUAUGGUUACAUUUAUACAAAUAAUUUCAAUGUAUUUAAUUGGCUUGAAAAUGUCCUUAUCCAUGAUGGAGACUAUGAAAAUCGAGGUCAGUUUCAACCCAAAGCUUUUCUUCAAGCCAACAUGAAAUACAUUUUUGUUAUGACAACAUCUUCUCCAAGUCUAAGAGGAAACUUUUCAAUUGAAGCAUCUGGCUCAAGCUAUAUCAGUUUCAAUCGUAUUUCGAAUGCUCCAUCAGUUGUUCAAAAUACUUAUAUAUCAGAACUGACAGCGAACAGUUCAACGUAUUUACUUAGUUGUUCAAGUUCAAGUUCUUACUAUGAAGCAAUACAAGUGAAUGUUCGUAGAAGUGGUUUUUACACAUUCUUCAGUCAAAGCAAUAUGGAUACAUAUGGUGUUAUUUACAAAGAUUAUUUCGAUCCAUCCGAUCCAAUGAAAAAUCGACUCUUAGAGAAUGAUCACGGCUGCGGUCAAGAUCAGUUUAGAUUCACAAUUGCUCUUGAGACUAAUGUUACGUAUAUAUUGGUUGCGACAACGUUUAAUUCUAAUAUAACAGGUGCAUUCGCGAUCUUUGUAUCUGGACCAAAUAAUGUUGAUCUCAAGAAUAUUAUGAAUACUCCAUCAGUUGUUCAAACAACUUAUACAUCAAAACUAACAACGAAUAGCUCAACGUAUUCACUUGUUUGUUCAAGUUCGAGUUCUUACUACGAAUCUAUUCAUGUGACUGUUCGUAGAAGUGGUUUUUAUACUUUCUUCAGCAAAAGCAAUAUGGAUACAUAUGGUGUUAUUUACAAAGAUUAUUUUAAUCCAUACAAUCCAAAUGAAAAUCGACUAUUAUACGAUGCUGUCAACUGCGCACCAUAUCAGUCUAGCUUUAGAAUUGCUCUUGAAGCCGGUGUCAGAUAUAUAUUGAUUGUGACAACGUAUGACUCCAAGGCGACAGGUGAAUUCUCAAUCUUUGUAUCUGGUUCGGACAAUGUUGAUCUCAAGAAAAUUACGGCUAUUUCAUCAGUUGUUCAAACAGUUUAUGCAUCGCAAUUGACAGUGAAUAGUUCAACCUAUUUACUUGGUUGUUCAAGUUCAAGUUCUAACUAUGAAGCGAUACAAGUAAAUGUUCGUAGAAGUGGUUUUUAUACUUUCUUCACCCAAAGCACUAUGGUCACAUACGGUUAUAUCUAUAAAGAUUAUUUUAAUCCAUACAAUCCAAAUGAAAAUCGACUAUUAUACGAUGCUGUCAACUGCGCACCAUAUCAGUCUAGCUUCAGAAUUGCUCUCGAAGCCGGUAUCACAUAUAUAUUGAUUGUGACCACGUUCAAUUCCAAUAUAACAGGUGCAUUCUCGAUCUUUGUAUCUGGUCCGAACAAUGUCGACCUCAAGAAUAUUAGCUCUCCAUCAGUCAUCGAAAUACCAUAUUCAUCAGCUGUACAAUCGAACUAUUCAUCAGAGCUAACAACGAACAGUCAAACAUAUUCUCGAGAUGCUCGAAAAUCGAAUUAUUACUAUGAAACUAUACGAAUGAAUGUAAUGGAAACUGGAUACUAUGCUCUCAUUAGUAAUAGCACUAUAAAUACAUUUAGUGAUAUUUACCAGGAUGAUUUUAAUCCAAUGAAUCCUUUCGAGAAUCUACUCUCACAGGACUAUAAGAGAUGUAGUUUUCAAGAUUUCAAGUUCAUUGUUUAUCUUCACAGUGACAUUACGUACAUAUUAGUGGUGACAACAUCUUCUCCAAAUAUGACAGGAAAGUUUUCCAUUCAAACAUCUGGUCCAAAUAACAUCACUCUUGAUCCUUACACGGCUACUUCAUCAGUUGUUCAAACAGUUUAUGCAUCAAAACUGACAACGAAUAGUUCAACGUAUUCACCUGGUUGUUCAAGUUUGAGUUCUUACUAUGAAGCAAUACAAGUGAAUGUUCGUAGAAGUGGUCUUUACAUAUUCUUCACCCAAAGCAAUAUGGUCACAUACGGCUCUAUUUACAAAGACUAUUUCAAUCCAUACAAUCCAUUUGAAAACCAACUCUUAGCCGAUAACAACGGCGACCAACAACAUCAGUUUAUAUUCACAAUUGCUCUUGAAGCCGGUAUCAAAUAUAUACUGAUUGUAGCAUCCUAUGACUCCAAGGUGACAGGUGAAUUCUUAUUACUGGUAUCUGGUCCGGACAAGGUUGAUCCCAUGCGUAUUAAUAUUUCAUCUACAUCAGCAACAACUGUAUUCAGUAAUAUCUAUAUAUACAAUGUAUUCACAUUAACUGAAAAUUAUCGAACAUGUAUGAGUAAAUCACUGGCUUAUAAUGAAAUUGAAAAUCAUUUUAAUUCGUUAUCCAAUUUAUAUUUUUUAUUUGGUAUAAAUAUUCAUCGACCAUUUAUAAAUGAAUAUGAUCAAAUACAUGCGGAUGCAAGUCUAUUUAUCAUAGUUAUUUGUAAAACUAAUUCAUCAGAUUGUAUUUCCAAAGGUGGUUCAUUACCAAUUAAAUAUAAACUCGAAUUUAUUAUUGAUGGUGUACCAUAUACUAAUAAAUAUUCAAAAAUUGAUCAUCAAUGGCAUAGAACUAAAAUAGUUAAUUAUGAUUUUCUUUACGAACCAAUUAAUUCUCAGUUAUGGUAUGAUCAACCAGAGAAUGAAAAAGGUUCAAUUUGGAAAAAUUUUAUUAUGAAUAUGGAUUUAUCGCAAAAUGAAAAUAUUUAUUCAAAAUGGGUUGAAUUUGAUAUCAAAAUUAAUGAUGCUGGAAUUCAAUUCAUCGAAGGACAACAAAUUUAUAAUAAUAUUACAGUACAACAAUUUACAUUACACUUUUUUGUUCCAACAUUUCAAUGUUUACAACCACCAUUGAUUUAUUUCGAUGAUUUUCUUACUACGAAAACUUAUCUAUCAGCUUUUCAUUUACAAUUAAUGUCUGAUAAAUGUCAUUUACAUAAAUAUACAUGCCAUUUAGAAAUGAUACAAUCACAAAUAGAUACAUCAGGAUUGACAAACAAAACAUUGCCUUCAAGUAAGAUAAUUAAUAUAACUACGAACCAUUUAUCAUUAUUUACACAACAAAUCUCCUAUGAACAAGUAAUAAAACCAACGAAUUUUAUUGAUCAUAUUUUUGAACAAAUAAUUAUUGAAAAUAAUUCGUUAUUUUAUACUACGGAAAUUUAUCGUAACGCAACAUGUACUAAUAAAAAUUCUCUAACAUCAAGAGAAUUUACUUUAUGCACACAAGAUAAUUAUAAAAAUGAAUCUGUAAUAAGAAGAUUUCGUAUAGAUAUUGUUCUAUGCAAAUAUUCUAUAUUAAAUACUCAACAAUGUUCAUUUUCUCUUUAUCAACAUGUAUUAAAUGAAACUUUACGUUUAUUUAUACCAAUUCAAAGUGAUAAUAUAAUAUUCAUUGGAUUUAUUCGUCUUUUAAAAAACUUACCACAUAAUGAAUGGAUUAGUCAUCUGAAUGAAAGUUAUGAUAAAAUUCAAUCAUAUCAACUAAUAAAUUUCUAUGAUCAUAUGAUUGAACUUAAAACUGAUGUUAGCAGCAUUAAUACCAUCAUUCGUUAUUAUCAAAUUAUUACUGAUCAGAGUCAAAUAUGUCAUCUCGUAUGUCGAAAUCAUUGUGUACAACAAUCACCAAAUCAUACAGAUUAUUUUAUAUCUCAAUCAAUAACAGAAUUAAUUUUAUUUUGUGUUAAAUGUAAUUUUAGUGAAAUUUUUCAACAACUCAAUCUUUCGACUCUUCAUUCUCAUACAAUUCUAUCACGUGAUAUUGCAUUAGUUCGAUUUCAAAUUAUUAAUAUAUUUCAACAAAUAUCUAUCAAUUGUAUUAAUGAUCAAAAUGAAAUAUUUAUUAUUAAUGCAAAUUUUCAUAUAAUAAAUCAAAAUAAUACAUCUAGUUCAUUUUCUUGUUUAGUUAAUCCAAUGAAUAUUUAUCCAUAUCAUGAUGAAAUCACUCUUGAAUGUACAAAUUUUACUACACGUGCAGAUAUUAUUCUUUGGGCUGUAACGAAACAUAAACAUGAGGAAAUUCGUAUUUUACUUAAUCCAUUAUAUGUUACAAAUGAAAUUUUGAAUUCAAAUAUUCAAAUGAAGAUUUAUGGUAUUCCACAUGGUAAAAAAGUUUUUUUAGAAAUUAGUUCAUCAUUAUUUUCAAUAAAUGAAAGUUAUGAAUUAACAAUAAAUUAUUUAACUAAGAAAUUAAUUACAAAAAUGAAUAUUGCAUUAGAAUGGAAUUAUUUUUCUAGUGCAAUUCGAUUAAUGAACGAAUAUUUAAAUAUAUAUGAAAAUGAUUUUGAUCUUUUGGAUGAUCAUACUAAUCCACGUCUAGAAUUAGUUAAUCUUAAUCAAACAUCAUAUUUAAUUAGUAUUAUUAAUUAUUACCGUUUAAUAUUAGCUUAUAUCGAUCAAGAAUUACUCUAUAUUAAAGCAAAAGAUUUUUCACAAAAAAUCUAUUCAAUUGUUAGUAUCAAUAAUAAUCUUAUAUCAACACAACUGUUCAAAUAUAAAAUCUUCUAUCCUGAAUCUGGUAAUGAUUAUCUUGAUCCUUAUUUUUCCUUGUUAAUUCAAUUAUCUUCACAUCCAAAAAUAAUUACUUAUCAAACAUAUCAUCUACUUCGACAUACGAUCAAAUUCAUAUCAUUAUCUUUACCAGAUAUAUCAUAUUCUUUUCUAAUGAAAGUACUUGACCUUUGUUAUAAUCUACGUAUAUAUAUAAAUGAUUUUGAAUCAAUGCCAAUAUCAACGAUAACAGAUACAAAUAGUCUAUUUGAAUUUAAUCAAAUGAUUAGUCGAAUUCUUGUUAUGAUUCAUACACAAUUUAAAUUCAAUAUAUCUUCCAAUACACAAAUAAACAGAACUAAUGAUGGUCUGCUUGAUUUUAUUGUCAAUAUGAGUGCACCAUUUGUUACAAAACGUUGGGCAUUUAAAUCUGAUCAGUUUUUACCACGUUAUAAUAUGAAGAGUCGAACACUUACAACAGAUCAAUUAAAUAUCUUAUACUAUCCUCAAGAAUAUAUUCCACUUAAUCAUGAAACUUCAACUGAUUAUCUUCUUGGUCAAUUAUUUUCAAUUGAAUCAAAUAAUUCUCUAACAAUAAAUUCUAUAUCACACAUAUUUUUUUCACUUCAACAAGUCUAUUUAAAUACAUCGAAUAUAUUACAAAAAUAUUUUUCAAAAAUCUUAUUAAUUCGUAUUGGAAAAAAUUUCUAUUCACAUAGAUUUUCAUUUCAAAUGAAUACAACAAAAUUAGCUCGAAAUAUUUCAUUAUUUUUUAUUGAUUUACCAAAUUCUCAAAAAUAUUUAUUUACUAUUGAUAUUGCUUAUAAUAAUUCCUGUUUGAAAUCGAAAAGAAUCUACGAAAAAAAUUUGAAAUAUACGCUUUCUUUUGAUUUAUGGCAAGAUAAUUAUUAUGUUUAUUCAAUACCAAUUAUACCAAUGUCAUUUGUAUGUGGACAGGUUGAAAUAACAUCGAAACAUGUAUCUAUUCGAAAUUUGAAAAGAACUGGACAAUUUCUGAUCAUUGAAACUGGUUGUUAUUCCUUUGAUAUGGAUAUUUAUGAAAAUUACUAUUCAAAGUUAAAAAUCGAUAAAUGCCAAUUGAUCAAUGACGAUGAACUCCACUUAGGAGAUAAUUUACUAUUAGGUGCUCAUCUUACUUGUCGCUGUCAAUCUGCGAUUAAUAGAUAUUUUGUUCUAUGUCAACCAAAACCUAUUCUUGUUGAAUAUGAAUUAAAUGCACAAACUUGGCUUCAUUUCUAUAUCUAUAUUUCUGUAUUACUUCUAAUUUUUCUUUUUUUUGGUCUCUAUGCAAUUUAUAAAGAUACAUCGGACGAUUAUAAACCUCUAGUAUAUUUUGUUAAUGAUAAUCAUAUUGGUGCUGUAAAUAGUCAUCUUUAUCAAUUAACAAUUUUUACUGGUCUUCAACAAUCAACAACAAAAGAUUUUCAAAUCUAUAUUCGUUUAAUUGGUGAAACAUGUCAUGAUAUAUCGCAUUGUUUAAAUUUAAAUAUAUCAAAUGUUUUUCAACGUGGUAGUGUUGAUCAAUUUCUACUUAGUUCUUUUAUUGAUAUAGGACGAAUUGUUGCUAUAAAUAUAUGGCAUAAUGAAAUCAAUUUUCAAUCAGAUUUUUAUAUUCGUCAUUGUAUCUUAUAUGAUUAUAAUCAUUAUCAUACAUAUUAUUUUUCUUGUUAUACAUGGUUAUCGUUACGAAAAGGUUUAAAUAGAAUUAAUGAGAUAUUUUAUGUUGCACAAGAAGUUGAUCAAUAUGCAUUUGGUCAUUUAUUUCUUUCGACAUAUUCUUGGCUUUAUUAUCAUUAUUAUUUAUUAAAUUCCGUUUUUAAAAAACAAAAAAUAAAUACAUUAUCAAGAAUCUAUCGAUUACAUAUUUAUUUUUCGUUAGUUAUUAUUCAACUUUAUUUGAUUCAAUUAAUUAUUAUUUCAUGUCGAAAAUUAAUCUCAAAUCAACGAUGUAUUUAUAUUUUUCCAUCAUUUCUUUUCCUAGUUGAUCAAUCAUUUGUUGCAUCCGGUUGGACAGAAAUCUAUCAGAUAAUUCGUCUCAAUUUCCUUCCAUCAAUUUUCAUUGCGCUGUUUCUUAGUUGUAUUACUGCUUUUUUAACACCAAUUUUUAUUUGGUGUUUAACAUGGUUAACAAAUCGACUUGAACUUUAUCGACAAUUAUUGAAUUCUAGAUUGCAUUAUCAACAUUUUGAUAAUUUACAUUCAACAUUAUAUACAUUAGCAUCAACUAUUGCUGAUUUAAAUCUCUAUCGGCAAGAUCUUGAACAAUUUGAAUUUAUUCAUAAAUUUGAUUUACAACAUCGUUUGAGUAUUAGUACAAUAGGAGAAAAUGAACAAAAUAUUUCGCAAUCAGAUACUAAAAUUGAACAAUAUAAAUCACUUUUAAAUCUAUCACAAAAUUCUCAAGUAUGGAAAAAUCGAGCUUUCAAAAAACCUAUUCUUCAAACACCAAUAUAUUCAAAACAUCCUGAAUCAAAUGAAAUAUUCAAUGAUGAUGAUAAUGAUGAUCAGUCAUUAUCAACUGAUCAUAGUUCUCAAACAAGUAUACAAGAAAAAGACAUAAUAAUACCUACUAUUAAUCUAAAAAUUAAUUGGCCAGAUGCACCUACUCAACCAUCAUUGAAUAUGUUUCGAUUCUAUUCAUCUAUUUAUUAUGGAUUAUUCAUAAUUCCUGGUGCAAUAUCCAUUGUUUGUAUAUAUUUAACAAUGAAAACAUUUAUCGAAAUUGAAAAUUAUUUUUUAACAUCAACUAUUCUAUUUAUUCAUAUUAUAACUAUAUUAUUUACAUUAAUAUUUGAAUUAAUUUUUAUCUUAUUAAUAUCUUUACUAAAUGCAACAUUUUUACAUAUGACAGAUGAAGAAAAAUUUAUUUCAACAACUGUUCAAAUUCCAGUUUCAUCUACAAAUGAUAUUCAACAAAAUCAAUUAAAUCAUACAUUUACACUUCAUCGAGAUCUGACAUUAACUGAUGUACAAUUACGUGAACGCAUUCGAGAACGUUUUCUUGAAUCAUCAAUUAUUCGUGCUGUUAGAGAUGUUAUUGGUUAUAUUUUAUUUAUGAUUAUCAUUAUCAUGGUAUUUGCAGAAACAUCUCGAGAUCUUGAAACACAUUUAACUAUGAGACAAUAUACAUUACAAUUACUUGUUCGUGAAGAUAUUUUUCAAAAUAUUGAUCAUAUACCCGAUACAAUGGAUUGGAUAAAUUAUUUUAUUGAAAAUCGUCUUUUUCUUCAACAUAAAGAUUAUUCUUGUCAAAAAGAUACAUGUAAUUAUUUUCCAAUACCUGAUUCACCAUUGUAUCUAAGUAAAAGUAUUCGUAUACGUCAGAUACGUGUUGAACGUAAAGAUUGUCAUAAGAAAAUCAAUGAUUUAUUCUAUCCUUUACUACCACCGACAUGUUCUGUUGAUGGAAAUGAUUUAAUGGAUAAUAAAUUAUCUGUUCUUAAUGGUCAACGAAAAUGUUCUGGUUGGAAUAAUGAAUUUUGUCAAGAUAUUUGUAAUUAUACGUCAAUAUGGUCUGCAUUAGCAUCUAAACGAAUAAUCAAAUUUUAUACAACAUACGAAUCUCCAUGGUAUUUUAUGUUACAUUUAUCAGCAAAAGAAACGGUUGAACGUUGUAAUCGUAAACGAAAAUAUUAUGAUUUAAAUAAAUAUAAUUGGUUAGAUGAAAAAACUUUAGUUCUCAUAAUUGAAGGAAAUUUAUAUUCUCCACAAACAACAUCAAUGAUAUCAUUUAUAUUAACUAUGGAAAAAAAUCAGUACGGAAUUAUUGAAAAAGAUAUUUUUAUUGAAGUAUCAGAUUAUACAUUAACAACAAUUGAUAAUGAAAUAGAAGUACAAAAUACUACUCAAGAAAUACCAAACAUAAAUAAUAAUAAUAAUAAUAAUGAAACUCCAUUUGUUAUUACACAUUAUUUAUUUACUGUUUUAUUAUUUUUCAUUUUUACAACAAAAUUAUUCGGUAUAGCAAAAUUUACUCGAAAUUUUGGUUUAUAUGGUUUUGUUUCUUUUCUUCGUACAUUACCGAAUAUUAUCGACGUUCUUCAAUUAAAUAAUCUAAUUCAAUCAUUAAAUAUUCAUAAUUUAUUUUUAUCAUUUCGUGUAUUAAUUAUUAAUAAAACAAUAUUAAAUCAUUUAAUUGGUUUAAUAUGUUUAUUUGCAAUAUUUAAAUUUCUUUAUUUACUUAAAUUUAAUCCGAAAACAUAUUUACUUGCUGAAACAAUGUAUAAAUCAUCUCAAGGAUUUCUAAUUAUAUUAUUUUUUGCAUUUAUGAAUUAUUUUAUAUUUACAUUAAUUGGUCGUUUACUUUUUUCCAAUGAAGAAAAUUUUCGAACAUUUUUUGUUGCUUUUCGUGUGGUUUUAAUUUCAUCGAUUAAAGAUGCAGCAUCAACGGAUAAUUUUAUUCCAAUAACAAUAACAAGAGCGCUAUGGCAAUUUUUUCUUUGGCUUUUUUCAGCAAAAAUUAUAGAAUAUUUUUUAAUAUCAUUUGUUAUUCAAAAAUUUUCAAAUAUUAGAAAAAAUCAUCAAUUAACAGAUGAAGAAAGAAUUGUGGGAAGAAUAUUUCAAACAUUUUGGACUUAUUUUGCUUUUAAUAAAAAAUAA